CUGAAACUACAGGCAUUCCAUCGUUGAUGUUGUAUAUGAUGCUGCGCUGAUUCCUGUGUCGGUCUAGGAACUGCAGACAACAUACUUCGAUGACUGUACUAUAGUCUGCUUAGGCAGUGUGUUAGCCAUGCUUCAAGGGUGAAAAUCGUUCUGGGAUCUACUAAUCUUCUAUAUAACACGAUGUUCCAUAGGUCACAAACGGACUCAAUGUAACGCCAUACGGCCGCACCAGAAAACUUUACAGCACUGUUUUUGAACAUAAGUUGAGGAUUUUCGAGGAUUACCAUAUCAUUGGUGCCAUACAAGAGCCGGAUAGGACUAACUCUGGGAGAGGUUAUCACUGUAUUAGUCGAGUGUGCAUCCUAAUCUGGGCGGGAACGAGGACAGAUUAUUCCAAUCAUGGCUGUGUGGUCCCUACACCCUUGCGUAUAGCUACGAAACCUUUACACAGAUUGAUCCAUACUAAACAAACAGCAGGAUUUGCAGGGAAGCAGUCGUCACGGUGACGGUGACAUUACGUCUCCCAGAAUUCCUCUUGAAUCAUUAAUAUUAAAAGAGGAGAGUUUCACAUCCUGCACUGGACUUGCCGGAGUAAGUGGAGCACAGUAGUGUCGCAUUGUGACAAUGGCAGAGUCGUCAUCAGUUACAGAACACACUCAGGCUCUCACCUUGCAAGGAUCUUGCCCAGCUGACAACGGCGAAUACGUCAAUGGUGUGACAUUUCCUGACAAAAUGGCAGACGAUGUACCCUUGCAGGGUGUUACCAAGGAGACGAGAAAUGGUGAUGUACACAAGCAUGAGGCAGUAGGUGGCUUUGUGUUGGAUUUUGAUAAAAAAGCUGAUGAUGGGAUUUACCCUACUGAUGAUCAGAAAGUCCCAUCAGCAUUCUGUGAUGAGGAUACUUUCAUGGGUGAUGCCCCCAGUGAUCCGGUCCCGAGGGAACCAGAGAUUCCUCUAGGAAGUGAUGCCACCUCCUUUCCACAACAAUGUGAGGAUUUUGUCGGUUCUAAUAUUGAUGAUUCAUUCUCACCUUUUAAUUCAGAAAUGAGUUCCUAUUCCCAAACAGGAAGUCAUGAGUCAUUCCCAGCCUUUGGGGGUGAGCGGGAGAUGGACCAAACCCCUGAAGCUCUUCCUGACCCUGUGCCCCCCAUGGGCCAUGAAAAUGUACUUAUAGAUUUCUGUCAGGACAGCGAUCAGCCUACUGAUGUAAAAUGUGAUAAUACAAAUCCUUUUGUUGACUUGUCACCAGGGGUAUUGCACCCAUCUGACCCUUACAUUGGUGUUGAGCCCAAUAAUGGGAACAACAAGGACACUGAACAAAUUGUACAGUCUCCACUUCGGCCUGAUGCUCCCGAGUUCUCUCCACAAGGACACAGCAAUGCUGAAUUUUCACCGCUGAGGCAUGAUGCUCCUGAGUUUCUACCACGCGAGCCUCAGCAGGCUGCAGUAUUUGAUCAGAGCCCACAUUCAGGCGGUUUUGAUGAUAUUGAAAGAAAUAGUCUUUCUCAAAGUGACACUUUCGACAAACCAAAUGAACAAGUGCAGGAUGUGAUAGACACUUUUGAUAAAUGCAAAGAGAAUGUGCCUGUGCCUAUUGAGGAACAGAGUGUACCUGCCAUCAACAUCACAUCUGACCAGGGUGAGGAUGAUGAAGAAUAUUCUGGUGAAGAGGAUUACUCAGAAAGUGAAUCUAAUUCACAAGCUGAGAACGAUGAAAUUAUAGAGGAUGACUACACAGAUUCGGAGGACACUGAAAACAUUCAAGAUUCUGACGAUGUGUCAGGGGGACCUGGUGAGGUAGCAGGAAGACCUGUGCUUGGUGAUGGUAUUGUACACCCUGCAUUUGAUCAGGGUUCUGUAAAGCCAGCAUUUAGUGAGAACGAAUUUCAGUUUCAGCAGCAGGGUUUGGCUGGUGUCAUGUCUGCUGGACAUGUAGAGCUCAUGCCAAGUGUGGGUGCCGAGCCACCCGUGGUUGAAGGUAUCACAGAACAUGGAAAAGGGGAGCAGGUAAAUGAGAUGGGUAGCAGUCAGAUAGACAUGGCACAGGACUCGACAGAACAGCAACAGGUGGGUACCGAAGAUUUCCAGAGGGAUACUAUCUGCAAAAGUGAAACAUUCACUAUCGAAUCUGACUCUGACAUGGAGGAGAGAUCCAUCACACCAGAACAGGACAGCAUGAAGGCUGCUAGAAGUAAGCCUAUGUCUGGUCAGGAGGACAGCCAAUCUGCACAGGCACAUGGUGGGGCAUCUCCACCAUUUAAUUAUAGCCAGAUGGAUCCAUCAUUAAACCAACAAAACAUAAAACCUGCAUUCAAUCAGGGGCAAAUUGAACCUGCAUUCAAUCAGGGGCAAGUAGAACCUGCAUUCAACCAGGGUCAAAUGGAACCUGCAUUCAACCAGGGUCAAAUGGAACUUGCAUUCAGCCAGGGUCAAAUGGAACCUGCAUUCAGCCAGGAGAAAAUGGAACCUGCAUUCAAUCAGGGGCAAAUUGAACCUGCAUUCAACAAGGGGCAAAUGGAACCUGCAAUCAAUCAGGGGCAAGUAGAACCUGCAUUCAACCAGGGUCAAAUGGAACCUGCAUUCAGCCAGGGUCAAAUGGAACCUGCAUUCAGCCAGGAGCAAAUGGAACCUGCAUUCAAUCAGGGGCAAAUUGAACCUGCAUUCAACCAGGGUCAAAUGGAACCUGCAUUCAGCCAGGAGCAAAUGGAACCUGCAUUCAAUCAGGGGCAAAUUGAACCUGCAAUCAAUCAGGGGCAAGUAGAACCUGCAAUCAACCAGGGGCAAAUGGACCCUGCAUUCAAUCAGGGGCAAGUAGAACCUGCAUUCAACAAGGGGCAAAUGGAACCUGCAAUCAAUCAGGGGCAAGUAGAACCUGCAAUCAAUCAGGGGCAAAUGGACCCUGCAUUCAAUCAGGGGCAAGUAGAACCUGCAUUCAACAUGGGGCAAAUGGAACCUGCAUUCAACCAGGAGCAAAUGGACCCAGCAUUCAACCAGGAGCAAAUGGACCCUGCAUUCAAUCAGGGGCAAGUAGAACCUGCAUUCAAUCAGGGGCAAGUAGAACCUGCAUUCAAUAAGGGGCAAAUGGAACCUGCAUUCAACCAGGAGCAAAUGGACUCUGCAUUCAAUCAGGGGCAAGUGGAACCUGCAUUCAAUAAGGGGCAAAUGGAACCUUCAUUCAACCAGGGGCAAGUAGAACCUGCAUUCAACCAGGGGCAAAUUGAACCUAUAAAAAAACAGAUGCAAAAUGAACAAAAGGUGCUUGCAUCAAACUCAGAAACAGGUAAUGUAGGAUUUUGUGGAGAUGAUGAUAUGUUCACUAACCAACCAGCGUUACAACAAGAACCUGAUAAUAAACAGCAGGUAGUAUCUCAGGAUGAACAGCAAACAGAUUUUCAAAAUGAUAUGAUGCCAAGUGAAGGUUUCACAGAAGAUCCCAUGUUUCCCCUAGAGGACACAUCCAAAAUGGAGCUUUCUCCAAACAAACACCACGAACAGCCAGACUGCAGAGAAGAUGUUGUAACUCCGAGAGAAGUACUGUUGGAGGACACAUCAGAACAGAAAUACCAGAUGGAAAAAUCUGGUGUUGAACAUGACCAAACUGUACCCCUGAUGUCUCCCUGUCAACAACUGGAAGAUGCUGGCUUCUCACAGGUAUUUAGUCAGGUGGUAGAUGAUUCUUUUAUGGAUAAUGAAAAUACACAGACAAACACAGAGACCCUUGGUGAACCAAACACACAGACGCAUGCUUACGAAGAUGAGGAAGGUGAUGGUGAUGAGGACAGAGAUGAGGACAUGCAUCCAGAUGACCAGUACUCAUCAUCAUCAGGAGAGGAAGAGGAAGGGGCAGUGUCCCAGCAACCAAAACAGCAAGAUGCUGCGCAACUUAUGUCAUCCAAGGAAAGACUUGUUUAUCAACAAGAAGAAAAAACAUCUUCAGAAGAAAGGUCGGCUUCCUUACAACAACAAAAGCUCACAUCAGAAGAGAGGUCCCUGUCUCCAGAAGAAUGUGAUAGGAAUGAAAACCCAGAGAGCAACUUUAUGGAGAAAAGUUCACUCUUAUCUGAAUCACAGGACAAACUUGCAUCAGAGGAAAGAUCUCUAUCUCCUGAAUGUCAUCCUUCAAAUGACCAAAAGAAGAUCGAGGAACAACGAAAAUAUGAAGAACAAAAUGCACCUCAAUCCUUUGAAAAGGAAACUCCUCCAUUUGUACAUGAGAUGGUACCAGGGGAAAUAGACCAGUCUACUAUUGAUGAAACCUAUGGGGUGGCUCCUGCAACUUUUGAAGCUUCAGAGCUCGAGAGGAUAUCAAGUCAUGACCAGGCUCCGAGUCCUGCUACAGUGGACACAGACAGGGAUGCUCAUACCUCUGGGAGAAAUAGUGAGGACUUUGAAUAUGAACAAGGGGAGGACAGCUUGACUGCUGAGGGAGGCAGUGACUCUGAUCAGGAUCUGCCUAAACAUUCUGAUGAGGAUGUGGAUGUUCAACCAAAUAUCACAGAUGACAGCCUCGCUGAUCAGCCUGUUCACAGAGAAACUAUUCUUAAAGAAAUCAAUGAGGAACAAGAGAGAUUAGAAGCUGGAAGAGAUAUGAAGGAAUCUGGUAUGGGGGAGUCAAUCAUCACAGCAGACUCACAGGAAACUGAUGACCAGUCACCAUCAGAAAUCCCCAGACAGAUGCUGGAGGAUUACGGUGACACAGAAAGAUCUUUGACCUCAAGUAUGGAAUGUCAAACAUACGAGGACGAUGCUGGGGUAUCCCCUGUCGAGAUGGCUGCCUCCCUGAUGGAGGGCUCAAUGGUGCUAAAGGAGGGAGAGACGAACAUUGAUGGAUCAUCUCUCUCUCAAUCUGUGCCCACAGAAUCAGCAUUAGAGGAGUACUCAAAGGACAGAAUGGAGGAUGAAGAAAUUGAGAAUAUUAAACAACAACUUUCAUCUGAGGUUUUAGAGGUUGAACCUAAAUCAGCACAUCUUGAUCCACAGUUAAGAGUUACUGAGGAUAUCAGUGUUAGGGAGGAUGUUCAGGAGGUUCAUGCUGCUGAAGAGGAAGUUGUCUCUCCUGCUCCAAUAGCUGAAACUCCAGUGCAACCUACUGCAGAUCAGCAGGUAGUUGUACAAAAAUUUACCACUGCUGUCCAACAUGCUUCUACUCCUGAAACGGGGACUGAGAAAACUGAUGUGAAACAAGACAAACUUGCUGACAAGAUGGAAGGUGCUCCUACGAAAAAUGUUGUGAAGAAAAUCAAUGAACCUGCUGAAAAGAAGUCACAAGUUACAGAAAAAAUUGACAGAAAAGAGGCAAAACAAAGGAAACAGGAAAAACCUAUUACAAAAACACCCCAGAAACCAUUGAGAAAACCAAAGCAAAGAACACCACCUAAAUCUGAUGAAUCUAAGAUUCCUUCCCCAACCAAGACAGAGGGAGGCAUAACCAAAUCAACAACACGAACCCUCAGAUCUGCUGCCCCCAGUAAGACUGCUCCUCCCCGUUCACUCAACAUGAAACAGAGCACUGAGAAACCACCAUUUGACACAAGUUUCCCACGAGCGGUAUCUGCAUCACGUCAGAGAAUAUUACCCCUGGCACAGACACCGAGCACACCAAGUCCUACCAAGGCCCCCUCCAUGAAGAUCCCCACCAGGACCCAGAACAAGGAGGCCACUCAGUUAUUUCUGGAGCGCAUGUCCCGGCCUCGCUGUCGAACACCGAAAAAAGAUGGUGCCUCAGACAGUGGUGUGGAGGAGGACAAGACUCCAAGAGCGACAUCCGCUACUUCUCAGAGGAAGAAAUAUGGAAUUGAUGCCAAGAACGAAAACUACAAGCCUGGUGGAGGGAAUGUAAAGAUAACAGAUCAGAAGGUGACAGUCAAACAUGUGGGUUCCAAGAUUGAUGCUCGCUCCAAAACCCCAACAGGAUCUCCUCGCAAAGACGCUACUGCCAAAGCCAAGCCUACAACACCUAAAGGAUCAGCACCAGACACAAAGCAUGUCCAGUCUAAAAUUGAUUCGCUGAAAAAUUCCACUCACAGUCCAGGAGGAGGAAAUGUGAAAAUUGCCCACCAGAAAGUUGACUACUCUACAGUGCAAGGCAAGAUAGGGUCGAAGGCCAACCUAGACCAUCGACCAAAAGGCGGAGACAAAAAGAUUUUGUCCAAGAAACUUGAGUGGAAAGCUGAAUCCAGGGUUGGCUCCCUUGACAAUGCCAAACAUGCACCAGGUGGCGGUAAAGUCAAAAUUUUAGAUGAGAAAGUCCAGUGGAAUACUGGUCCCAGAGUUGGCUCCCUUGACAAUGCGAAACAUGCACCAGGUGGCGGUAAUGUGAAAAUUUUAGAUGAGAAAGUCCAGUGGAAUACUGGUUCCAGAAUCGGCUCCCUUGAAAAUGCGAAACAUGCUCCAGGUGGCGGUAAUGUUAAAAUUGAGACUGCCAAGCUAGACUUUAAAGGAAAGGCUAUAUCCAAGGUGGGAUCUAAAGAUAACAUGGAUCAUAAAGCGGGCGGAGGGGACAAGAAGAUUGAAACAAAGAAGCUAGAUUUCAAGGAAAAGGCUUCAUCAAAAGUUGGUUCCAAAGACAAUGUUACCCAUAGGCCUGGGGGAGGAGAUAAAAAGAUUGAGAGCCACAAAUUGACAUUUAAAGAAUCCGCCAAACCAGCAACAGACAGUGGCACCGGGCAUGUGGCCUCCUCUCCUCCCUGUAGGUCUCCCUCCCUCAAAUCACCUCGCCCAGACAGUGGAAUCUCCCAGGACAGCCUUCCACAGCAAGUCACAUCACCCGACAACAUGGACAGCUCAGUUACAGCCUAGUAACAGACACACAGAGAACCUGCUAGGGGCAUCCUACUUAACUACAUGUAUAGGAGCUACUAACUACGGAAACAAGUUUAUUAUUUUAGAUUUCUUUGUAUAGAUAUUCCAUUACAAAAAAAAUCAAGAAAAUAUAAAUCAUGUAUAACCUGGUAUAAAAAAUUUAAUGUUAAAUUCAUUUAUUUUCAAAAAUUAUCAUUGUUAUAUGUAAUUGUUAUUUAUCAGAAAUCUUUUUGCAUAGGGCACAGUUCUGCUGAAUUGUUGAGUGAUCACAGAUAGUGAUCACAGAUAGUGAUCACAGAUAGUGAUAGUGAUCACAGAUAGUGAUCACAGAUAGUGAUCAAAGUAGAUUGUACAUAGUGUACAAGUUGAUUGUGUCGGGACAUUUUCGUUAAACAGAUUGAAGAUUGAAAUGGAGGUAUGCAAAAAAGAUCUCUAAUAAAUAAACAUAUUUCUGUACAAAAAUUGCAAUCAUCAGAGAAAAGGUUAAGAGCUUUACAUAUUUAUUCCACGAUAGGCUUCAUUUACACUUGAUUUUCAGUAACAUUGUGCUACCACCGGUUGUCAUUUAGAAUGGGAUUAUCCCCAACUGGCUGUUGCAUUAGGUAACAUACUAACCAAGAGACAAAUUAGUAUUAUUAGUUUAGGGGUUUUCUCGGUGAAUUUCAUAGGUUUGUUACUUUCAGAAAAUUAUGAUCAGUCUUUCAGCCUGUCCAUUGUUGUUUGUCAUGUUAAAAUCUUUCCCAGUCAUGAUUGUAGCAUGAUAGUUACUAUGACUGAAGGGUAAGGGAAGUAACUUGUAUUAUAUAAGGUACUACUGCCACGGUAGUGUUACCUCAUACAACAUACAAAGGAUCGAUGUAAAGGAGGGGAAUCAAGGGAAGACAACUCGGCAUUACAUAUUGCAGUAUAAUAGAAUAAUUCUACAAAUAUUUCGAGAGCAAUUUCUGCAACUUCCUGAGCAAAAUGCAAUGGAGUAGGAUGCUUAGGAACAUUCUGUAUUGACCUUUCUGUCAGUGUUUAAGAGUUGGUUGAAAUGGCUAUCAAAAAUAUAGGACAAUUACAGAGCAGACACCAGCUGCUUGAAGAUUACUGUUACAUCCAGAAUAUUUUAUAGAGAGGGUGGUACAAAGAGACAAUUUGUAUGAAAUAACUUGUAGGUAUGACAUGCAUGCCACAGUAUUUAAUGUGCUAUAUUAACAUUGGGGAACAGUUUAAUUACCUAAAAAAACAAAACUCCAUGGGCCUGGUAGGUUUGUACAGCUGUGUCAUGUCUGCCUAGACAUCCUAUACAUGUAACAGGUGACAUUCUCAACGAAAUAUACUAGUUUUUACUUUGAUUAGGUAACUUUAUAUUAACAGAACCAAGAAUUAAAUUCUUAUUCUAAGUUCUUUACUGGAUUUAUUGCUUUGUGAAAAGUGAGCUUGAUGUUUGUAUUUGAAAAUUGUAAGCAAAUUAAUUUGUUUUUUGAAAAAUCAAUGUGGAUAUCUUGAAAUGUGUGAACAAGGAUGUGCAUGCCUUUAUUUAGAUGUAUAAGCCAUGUUUGUUAAGUCCAAAAUGAUAACUAUACACAAAACUGAAAAUUUGUAAAUCAAAUGUGUCCAGUAAGGACUUUCAAAUAGAUUCUUACAAAAUUACUUUAGUUAAUUUAUUAAUAUUUUGAUUUUGUAAUUAAGCAAAUUCCACUCAAGUGCAUCAAGAUUUAAUAACAAUGCAACAUGAACAUUGUGUAUAUAGGGUUAUAGCAGUGUCCACUGUAUAUAGGGUUAUACCAGUGUCCACUGUAUAUAGGGUUAUAGCAGCGUCCACUGUAUAUAGGGUUAUAGCAGUGUCCACUGUAUAUAGUGUUAUAGCAGUGCCCACUGUAUAUAGGGUUAUAGAGGUCUGCUAUGGGUAUCUUACAGACUAUGAUAAAUCACUGAUUUAGAUUAGAAGUAAUUUAGUGUAUAGCCCAGGAUAUAGCAAUUCAGUCACCUUAGGGAAGUAUGAUAAAUCUAAUCUGUAAACUGGUUCAAGCAUAUGCUUACAGAUCUUGACUUAGUACAUACAUCAUAUGUCAUUGACAUGUUCAUUGGAAGUGAAAUGCCAUGUGAAUAUGUGAUAAUGUUGUUGUUGAUGUGACGGAGAUAUUGGCUGGAGAUGUCAUGUACAAGUUAACAUUAGAUAUGUUGCUUUGGCGUAAAACGAGGAAUAUAUACCAAGUGUAUGUAGCCAUGUUGGGAAGUAUGUUCUGAGACGAUUUCACAUUUACACCAAUCACCGCCUGGUAAUGGUAAUAGUUCUUCCAAUUAAUCAAAAAUACAUUUAAUUUAAAAAUCAUUUAAUUCCUUGCAUUUUGAAAAGCCUGUCAUCAUGCACAGUACAAAGCUGGUUAAAAUCUGAUCAACUCAGUAAGAAACAGAAUAUACAAAGAUUAAUGAUUAAUACUUUAGGUUAUAUAAAGAUUGAUGUUUAUAACAUGAAUUUAAAAAGGAUGAUUGAUUUCCAUAUAUAUGUUACCAAAAACUUUCACAAAUUAUUUUACUCUUUGCAACUUAUUUUGAUCUACCCGGUACACUUACCAUAGUAACACCCACUGCCAUUGGUAACUUAGCUAGUACUGCUGAAAUAGAUCUUUAUACAUCGUCUGUCCUAUCCUCAUCUUCCUAUCUAGGAGCUGUCCUUUCCUCAUCUUACUUUCAAGGAGGUGUCCUUCCCUCAUCUUACUAUCAAGGAGCUGUCCUUUCCUCAUCUUACUAUCAAGGAGCUAUCCUUCCCUCAUCUUACCAUCAAGGAGCUGUCCUAGCCUCAUUUUACUAUCAAGGAGCUGUCCUUCCCUCAUCUUACUAUCAAGGAGCUGUCCUUCCCUCAUCUUACUAUCAAGGAGCUGUCCUAGCCUCAUCUUACUAUCAAGGAGC